UGGCGCUGUAAAUUUGGGCCAAUAGGCGUUUAAAAUUUACUGGUCGUGCGCCAAAUUCAAAGUUUAUGAUGGAGAAGACGGGCAAGUCGUCGGAAUUUUCAGCAGCAUACAAAUUAAAAUCUGGAUCAUCUCUUAAGAAAAAAGAUGCCCGUCUUCAUAGGCGUUCCAUCGAGUGGAAGAGUCUCAGGGGAGAAGAAGUUGAUAAGAGAAGAAACCUAAAGAAUUUGUCCCCACUGCAGGAGAUCAAAGAAAACCAGCACCUAUGUUCUAUGUACAAAGACAAGACACCAACAAAACCAAACAAAGGUGGCAAACCAAAUGAUAUGAGAGAGAAAUUAAAGAGAUGGAGGGAAGAAAAGGCAUUGAAAAAGAAAAUGGAUGCACAAGAAAAAGCAAAGAAAAAACCUUUUAUUAUAAAACAUGCAGUACCCACAGAAAAUAUCAAUCCAUCAGCAGUUAAAAGAGAAGUUGCAGAUCCCAGCAAGUCAAAAUCAAACACUAUGCCACUCCAACCAAAACCUCAAAAUAAGGAAACAAGAGCAAACAAAUCUGCAACUGUCUCCAAAAAACAAAGCAGCUCUAUUAUGCAGAAAGAAUCAAGUGCAAAGAAGUCAAUUGGUAAACCAGUAACAGAAAGAGUAACUCGGUCCACAAAUUCUAGAUCAGCUGUACAGAAUGGCGGAAAACAGCUGAAAGACAAGGCAGGCUCAUGCAAGAAGAGUGCAUCCAAAAAAGGGAAAGCCUCAACGGUGGACUUGAGGAAAGUGUCUACCGCCAGAGGAAUGUCGUUUGCUCCUGACGAGUUUGCCUUUACUGCUCCAAACAACCUGGCUUCCUUUGUGUUUAAGCCACUGAGUCCGGCCAGCUGUGAAAACUUUCUCUUCUCCAACAACCCGGAUGAAACUGCUGCAUUUGUUGCUACUGAUGCCGGAAGAUGUUCAACUCCAAAGAAAGAAAGAGCAGGUAGCAAGAUGACUUCAUCAGAUGAAGAGAAGACAGAAAUCAAAGGUAAAAAAUCACAGGACAAGAAAAAUGAUGAAAGUAGAGCAGAAACAUCAAUUGAGAUGACCAAAACCAGGAGACAAACACGCUCUCAAACCAAAUCUAUCUCAUCAAGAAAUGACUCUUUGUCUAUCAUGGAUAUUUCUAAAAAUGAAUCGAGAUCUGGAGCAAGAAAAUCUAGCAACCAAAGAAUGAGCUCCUCAUCUCCAAGCAAACAGACUUCAAGCAAAACUCCCUCACGCUCCAGAAAAUCCUUGAGGAGUGGAUCAACUGCCAGUGUCGAGGAGGGAGCUAGGAAACGGUCCUCUAGCAGAGAACUACCGUCUCGCUCUAGGUCACGCAAAAGAUCCCGCAGUCAGGAAGACAGGGGUACAGAGAAACGAAGAAAAUCACGGAGGUCAGUUAGCAUAAAUACGAGAGGUAAUGUCCAGGUAGAUCUGAUAACUUCACCCGAGCAGCAGCCAAAAUCUCCUGAAAAUACAGAAAAUAUUAUGGAAACAGAUAACAAAGAGAAUACAGUUGAAGAAGAAGAAAAAUCUGUUGGUCCCAAUGAACCACAUGAUCCAGCAGAUGAUGAGAUGGAUUCCAACAGGAGUGUGAAGCUUAGUAACCACAGCCUGACAGUUGAAGUGACUGAGAAACAUUCCCCAGGUUCAACUCUAAAAGCCAGGACCUCCAUAGGCACAAAAGAUGGACUUGAAAACAUCAAGAAGGUUCCAAGCCCUAGUGUUGAAAAUACAGAAGCAUUGAACAAUCGUCCUGCUAAGAACAGAAAAACGACCAGGAGGUCAUUAAACCCUGUACCUAAGAUGUCUGAUGAUACUAAGGAACUGGCAGCUGAAGUGGAGGAAAUGGAGGAAAACCUGGAAGUAUUUGAAGAGGAACCCUCCAGCACGCCAAAGAGAAAGUCCCGAAGAUCCAUCAGGCUUCGACCAGAUUUUGCCGAAAUUCCAGAGAGCUUCGCUUCUGGUGAUAAAGAGAAUGCGAAGCCAUCCCGGCCAACUCGUAGGUCAGUGGCAGUGGUUGAUGGAUUCAAGUUGCCAUCAGAAAGCUUGUCUGCAAAGCGUUCAAAGCCAAAGCAGAGGAGGCACACUCUGCACAUAGCCAAGAGUCCGGAAGAAUGGGUAGAAAUUCUUAAGAGCAGUCCUAUGGUGGAAAUGUCUCGGCGAACUCCGAAACAAAAAUCUCCUGUGUCAAGACUUCCAGCGCUGGAUUUGGAAUUGGACCUAGAUGACCUCAAUCUACCCCCUAAGGAGGAUAUCCAGAGCGACCUUGACAUCUCCAAGGUGAUAAUGGCCAAUCUGUCAGCAGAGGAAGCUGAUUUAUGUCCUGAUAAAGCAGCAGUUGAACCAAUGGAAGUCAAUUCAUCAGACCAGGCUGUUGAACAAGUAGACACAGCACAAACACAAGACCAGUGCCCUGCCAGUACUAGUUCUGGAGAACAACUUGAUGAAGAGCAUGAUGUGAAAUACUUUAGAAACCUAGUGAUAUCAGAGACAGACAAAUUCAAUGUCAUGUGUGAGAAAUGGGAGACUAUCAACACACGAGAACUCACAGAGGAGGUGCAAGGUCAGAUCAGAACUGUGAUAGGCCAGGCACAGUUGAUAAUAUCGCAGAGAUUUAAGCAGUUCAGUGGGCUUGUGGACGACUGCGAAUUUAAGCUGGGUGAAAAGGAGACGACCUGCACCGACCUCCAGGGAUUCUGGGAUAUGAUUUACUUCCAGGUGGAGGAUGUAGACAAGAAGUUUGAAGACCUUCAGAAACAGCGUGAGGCAGGGUGGGUGAAGAAAUCCCCUGAACCAGUCAAGAAAGUGGUCAAGAAGAAAAAUGUUAACAAACCAGUUUUAAAGAAGCCAGUGAAGUCCAAGUUUGCUGCCUUUAAAGCCAGCUUGAAAUCAUCUGCUGCUCCUGCUCAAACCAUUGAACAUGACUGGGGUCUCUUUAAAGUUACCAGUCCCCUCAGGAAGCCUUCCUACCACUGCGAAGCUGGGUCUCCCAAGCCAAAACCAGCUGAAUCACCAAUGCCACUACAACCUAGACCAGAUCUAUCCCAGCCAGAGGAGGAAAACCAGUCACAGCCAGUAUCAGGGGUUCAGCAAAACCCUCCAACAAUCGCAGUGGAAGAUGUUUCUGUUGUAAGGACCCCCAAAAGACAGAGUUAUCUACCCAUAAUUCCCAGUCCCCUCCUGCAGGACUGCACCCCCCAGCCACGCUUCACACGCAGUCUGUUGAAACACACUCCCCUCAAUGCAACAGAGGACAAAAUAGAGACGCCAAGGCCUAGACGACAAUCACUGAGGAGAUCCAUUAACCUGAAGAGGAAGUCUGUGUCAUUUAUGGAGGAGCCAGAGAAGCCAGAGUCUCCCGCCAAUGAGAGCUUCUCCAAAUAUCUCCAGCCCUCCCAGUGUAUCCCAGAGGAGUCUAACAGUCCUGUCAGCAUCAUGGACAGUUACUUCAGCGAGGCUGCAUCUAAAUCACCAGUUCUCAGCUCUGGUGGAAAAUCUGCCAAAUCUACACUGAAAUCAGACAGAAGGCGGUCAGCACGCAGGAGUGUGUCAUUUUGUAGUCCACUGCCAGAGAAAGACAAAUCUUCCUCCCUCAGACAACCUCCUACCCCUCACCGCUCCCUAGUUGAAGAACCAGACUCUGAUUCUGACAAUCAAAGUGAUAAUGAGACCAAGUUUGCCACGCUGAAUGUGGCCUUUACGCCUAUCACACGAUCAACUCGAUCAAGACCGAGUUUAUUGUACACUCCCCCUGAUCUUGGAUCUCCCUCACAGAAGAGUUCUGCUGCUGAUGUAGCUAUAGGUACCCUCAUUUCAUUCUCUCCCUGAGAUAAAGAGGGAAAGGAGGGGGGGGGGGGGGUCUGCACCCUCCCCACCCACCCCAGUGUCUAACAGUCAUCAGUCACAGCUGUUUGGUAUUGGACUACUGUGGACAGUGUUAAUGGAGAUGGACAGUAGUGCUCAUGGACAUCAUCUCUGACUGUGUCUUUUUUUAUCUCCUUUUUUCCAUUGCUUUCCUUUUAUACAUGUUACGUAAGGGUGUUCAAGUUUACAUGUUUUAACAAGAUGUACUGAAUGUCAGUGAAUGACAGUAUUAAGAUAUUUUUUUUUCUGUAUUGAAAGAUUGAGCGUUUGCAUGUGUGUAUUUUUUUUUAAGAAAAAGCUUUCUUUUAUAUGACAAAUGUGUACAAUCUGGUACUUUUAUUCAGUGACAUGUAUCCCUCUCUGCCUCCUUUCUGAUGCCUGUUUUGAGGAUGAAUGAACGAUAUUUAAAACUUAGGCUAUUUCUCAUUAGACCAGCAAGUCUUGUUUUUAUACACAUAAAAAAUGAUAUGACACACUUUAUUUGUAUUUCGGAAAUUUUUUCCCCUGUGCUUUAACAAUUAUCCAAUAUCCUUGUGUUACUUAAAUUGAUUGUGGAACACGUUAAAUAUAAAUGUGUACUUUUGCUAUUAUUUGAUCCUGGCAUUUUGUAAGAGAUUAUGCAACUAUCACUGAUAGUUUUGUAGGAAGCAAAUUAAGUAAAACCAAUUUACCUACAUCAUUGUCGGUGGGGUCUUUUUUGGUAUGAUGCUGAUAUGUUAUUCUUGAUGAUGUUUUCAAUAAGAUUUCCUGUUAUUUGUAAGAUCAGCUUGUAACAGACAAUAAAAAGAUGAACUAA